AAUUAAACCAUUCUUUAAUAUUAACAUAAUUGCAAUAAUUUAAUAUUUUGCAACGGUAUUGCCUCUUAGUGUAUCAAGAUGAACGGGGAACAGAGCAGUAACGGGAAGGAAAUUAUGUUAGAAACGUAUGCUCCACAAUUAGAAAUACUUGAUCCACAUCCCGCGGGCACCAUGUUCCGAAGCGAGGAGAUGGUGCUCUGCCAGCUGUUCGUGCAGCCAGAAGCGGCAUACGUAUCAAUGUAUGAGCUGGGCGAGGCGGGCAUCGCGCAGUUCAGAGACCUGAAUCCACACGUGAACGACUUCCAACGUCGAUAUGUAACGGAAGUCCGACGUUGCAACGAAAUGGAACGCAAGCUGCGCUGGGUGAGCGGGGAACUGCCUGAACCACCACCUCCGCCCAAGCCGUCGCCUCGAGUAUUAACACCGAGGGAGAUCAAUAUAUUAGAGGAAAGGAUCGACUACAUCGAAUCAGAAAUCCAAGAGAUAACAAAAAACGCCCAAAACUUAAAAACGGAUUACCUCGCGCUCAUCGAACUAAAAUUGCUGAUAGAAAAGACACAGACUUUUUUUCAAGAUCACAGCGCUCAUAGGAAGAUCUCCGCGUCAGUACAAAUUUACAAUAAUGACGGUGCUUUAGGGCAUUUGGGUUUCAUAGCGGGUGUUGUGGCUACAGCGAGGGUACCGUCCUUUGAAAGAAUGCUGUGGAGGAUAUCGCACGGAAAUAUUUUCUUUAAGCAGGCCCAAAUCGAUGAACCCUUAAAAGAUCCGGUUACGAGUCACGAACUACAGAAGACAGUAUUCGUCGUAUUCUUCCACGGUGAACAAAUAAAGCUAAGAGUCAAGAAGGUUUGCAAUGGCUUCCAAGCGACCCUGUAUCCUUGCCCGGCGACGUACAAGGAACAACAAGAUAUGCUGGCUGGGAUAGAGUCGAGGAUUAAGGACUUAGAAAUGGUGUUGGAACAAACGGAACAACACCGUAGACUGGUGUUGGCGAACAUAGCGAGAGACAUCAGCACGUGGAUGGUCGUGGUGAGGAAAGAGAAGGCCAUAUACCACACGCUGAACAUGUUCAGUAUGGACAUCGUCAAGAAGUGCCUCAUAGCGGAGUGCUGGGUCCCGAGGUGUGACUUACACAUCUUGCAAAAGGCUUUAGACAACGGUGUCAAAGCAAGCGGUAGUCCCAUCCCGUCUAUUCUACACCACGUCCCCACGUUAGAGAUACCGCCGACGUACAACCGAACUAACAAGUUCACUCGGGGCUUUCAGACUCUCAUUGAUUCCUAUGGAAUCGCCAGCUAUAGAGAAGUUAACCCAGCUUUGUACACGAUAAUAACAUUCCCGUUUCUGUUCGCCGUGAUGUUCGGCGAUAUGGGUCACGGUCUCAUUAUGACCGCUUUCGCCGCCAUACUCGUUAUAUUCGAAAAGAAAUUCGCAAAGAAUAAAACGGACAACGAAAUAUGGAACAUAUUCUUCGGCGGACGAUACAUUAUACUUCUAAUGGGAAUAUUCUCUGUCUACACGGGCUUGAUAUACAACGAUAUAUUCUCGAAAUCGUUAAACAUAUUCGGUAGUAGUUGGCAAAAUGUGUACGAUGAAGGCACUCUGAGAAAUUAUAGUACUUUUGAAUUGGAUCCAAAAGACGCUUACACGAAGACUCCCUAUCCCCUUGGAAUCGAUCCUGCUUGGCAAUUUGCCGCCAACAACAUAAUAUUUCUGAAUUCGUUCAAAAUGAAACUAUCGAUAAUAUUCGGCGUACUACAUAUGGCAUUCGGGGUAACAUUGAGUGUGGUAAACUUCAACUUCUUCAAAAAGGCAGAGCUAAUAUUCCUACAGUACAUACCACAGAUAUUAUUUCUUCUUCUCCUGUUUUGGUAUUUGUGUAUUUUGAUGUUCAUGAAAUGGAUCAUGUAUUCUGCAGAUGCGACGGAUAAUGCCCUAGGGACAUCUUGCGCACCAUCUGUAUUGAUAAUAUUCAUUAACAUGAUGCUGCUAAAGGAGUCAACGGCUAAGGGAUCUUGUAAACCCUUCAUGUACGACGGUCAGGAAAUAAUUCAGAACAUCUUCCUAGCUAUUGCGUUCUUGUGCAUCCCCAUCAUGCUGUUCGGAAAACCAGUGUAUCAGAUAAUGGCGGCGAAGAAGCAAAAGCGCGGCGGCGUGGAGGGCGGCGCGGGCGGCGCGGGCGCGGGGGGCGCGGGCGGCGCGGCGGGCGAGGCGCUGGGCGAGGCGCUCAUCACGCAGGCCAUCCACACCAUCGAGUACGUGCUGGGCGCCGUGUCGCACACGGCCUCCUACCUGCGCCUGUGGGCGCUGUCGCUGGCGCACGCGCAACUAUCGGCAGUUUUGUGGCAGAGGCUGCUCAAAAUAGGCCUCGGCGGAGGGUCUCCGGUAAACGCAAUCUUGCUGUACAUACUAUUCGCCGCAUGGGCUUUCUUCACACUUGCGAUCUUGGUGCUUAUGGAAGGAUUGUCGGCAUUUCUACACACGCUGCGAUUGCAUUGGGUUGAAUUUAUGAGUAAAUUCUACGAAGGGCAAGGUUAUGCCUUCCUACCAUUUUCAUUCUCCGUGAUCCUGGAAGCAGACGAGGUUGAUAUCAAGGAGAAGCCCAACGGUGGACCACCCGAGUGACAUUUCCCGAAACGGAAAUUUCAACUUUACGACUACGAAAACUGUUUGGAAGUGAGACGAAUUUGGCAUACAGAAGCGAUCUCUUGAUAAAACAUAUUGAUAAAUGAAACUGCCUUACAAAAUUAUAUAUGUAUUUUUCUAAUUGGUAGAUUUACUAUCAAAGCAUAUUUAAAAUGCAUGUGCCUUUUAUAUUAUUUAAAGGUUUAACUAAUAUUAUAGAUGAAUGAAAAAUCAAAUGACACCAUUGAGCGAAUUAAUUUACUUAGUGUAUGAAUUGAUUGCUGUGGACAUUUGUUAUAUUUUCUUAAUAUGUUUAAACGAUUAAGUUUUAAAUAGUUGGUAGUUGUAGGACUAUCAUAGAUGUGUUGCCAUCGCGUAUUUUAAUGUUAAGUAAAGAAUUGCCCGUUUUAAAUAUUAUAAAUGCGUUAUUACAAGUUUUGUUAAAAGUUAUUUAGUUUCUUACAAAUUUUAUAUACACAUUUUUAGAUAGAUAUAAUGAGGUUUAUUUUUUAAAUAUUUUUUGUCAGUUUCGGCUGACUCAAAAUGUUAUUACCUUGUUGUUUUCAUUUGAAUGAUCUGUAAGAUCGAAUUUUAAUAUCAAAUUAAAUAAAUAAAUUCCCUAUUUUGUGCAAUCAUUAUUUUUAAGCUAUGGUACAAGUUGUUUUGAUUUUUUUUUAAUUUAAAAAGAUCAAGGUUAAGGUCUUACGAUUAAUUUUGAAAAUAAUAUAAUAUCAUUUUAAAAACAAUUCGUUAUAUUUCCGAUCUAAGCCUAAUUGUAAGUUGUUGUAUUAACAUAGUUUACAUUUAUCAAUCGCUUGAAGCCAAAGUUUUAUUGUACGUUCUUAUUGAUUGCAUGUUUUUAAUUGUUUAUUUUAAAAAUAGACUUUCUCGUGCCUUUUAGGAUUUAGUGAAAUUUUGAACUAUUUUUAUAAUUAUAAGUACUAAUUAAUAUUGUAAAGACACUUUAAUAAACUAUAGUCUUUUUUAAGUUCAUCUUUGAAUAUAUUUAAUAUUGUAUGUGUUAUUAUUGUUCAAUUUAAUAUAUUUUUUUUUUACAUUUAAUUUUUCAAUAUUUUACGUUGUAUAAUUGAUAUGUUUAAUUUUUUACACAUAAAAGUUCUUUGAACCAAUAAACAUAUAAAAAUCAAAUUCAAUUUUACAAAUUUGAAAUUAUUGUUCAAAGAGCGGUUCUCACUAGCUCGUUAUAAUCGAUUACCGUUGACAGCUGUCAAAAUUAUAUUUUCUUUCGAAUUUUGCAAUAUUAAUGUUCAUAUUCUACUUAUUAAAAUAGGAUAUACUUGAGAAAUAAAAUAGGAGACAAUUUGCACUCUUUAAUUUAGUAGUAUUAGAUUCUAAAACUUUAUUAAAUUAUAUUGUGUCAACGCUAACUAGUGAGAAUCCUUAGUCCGUAACCGAUGACAUACACGAUGCCUUACUAUGAUAAAUUUACUAGACAAUACUUUGUUAUAUAUAACCUCAAAAAAGGUUAUAUUUGUAAAGCAAUAACGUAUCUGGACCAAAUGUCAUGGCCUUGAAUUUUACAUAUCGCUUUAUUCAAACAAUAAUAUCAGCAAAAGUUUUAUUAAUCACAAUUUUACAGCACAUUACACUAUCAAUUAAUUUACAUUACAGACAGAAAUUGUUAAAAAACCACAACACCAUUCCUUAAUAAAGCUAUUUUAAUCGAAAA